UUCCGCCCGCCUUGACCCGUUGCUGCGUCAUAGACAUGAGCUCCCAAAGAAUGGGCUCGCCCAAGAUCCUCUGAUUGGCUGCGCUUGGUGGUCUUGAUGCUUUAGCGGACGGAGGCACUUAUGCUGUUCCUCGCGGACGAGCCAUGGCCAACACGGGCAAGAUUUGUAGCUACUAUUUGCAGGGCACCUGCCGCUUCGGCGAUCGAUGCUGGAAUCUGCAUCCUCCGGGCCACGUUGGAGGAUCCAGCCAGUCUUCUCUGAGCUCCGGCUUCAGCAGAAGAGGCGGAUGGGAUGGCCAUAAUCAGAGAUACCCUAUUGUCCAAGCAUCCAGUUUUUCUAAAGCGUCUAACUGGCACAACAACAGAGAUCAUGGAAAAGCAUUCCAUGGGUCCCAGGCCAACUUGAGCUUUUCCCAGAAUAGGUUUGCUGCCUUAAACACUAAUGAAGGUGGGAGUAGCAAUGGCAUUAAAAAUGAGGAUGAGAAGCUUCUUGAAAUUAUAAUGAAAGACAUGGAGAUUUGGGAAUCUUCGGGCCAGUGGAUGUUUUCCUCCUAUUCACCAUCAAAAGACAAGCCUAAUAUUUCAGGUUUUCUGGACUUUUCUCCUGAAGAGCUGCAGCUUGAAUACUACAACUGCAGUGCAAACAGUAAUGUUCAAAAUUAUGUCACCUCAGUCCAGCAGUUAGUCACUCAGUGGAGAAGUAGACUACUUGAGUUGAAGAAUAUAAAUGCUUCUACUAAAUCUGCAUUGAUAUCUGAACUCAAGAAUGUGGUUAGUCAACCAUUACCUGCAUUUGGAUUUGGGGGACAGCAGUCAUCAGCCUUUGGGGGACAGCAGUCGUCAGCCUUUGGGGGACAGCAGUUGUCAGCUUUUGGGACAUCAACUUUUCCUGUGAAUGAACAAAACAGCGCUAAAACCUUUUCUUUCAAAUCACCUUCAGGACUUGCUAAUAUCUCAUCUGGAAGCCUGCCUGCAUUUGGGAGCUUUCCUGUUGUGCAGAAUCAUCCAACACUAGGUGCAGCAUUUUCAUCUACUACUACCCAUUCAGGAGGCUUUGGGUACCAAACUGUUUCAUCUGCAGCUUCCUUUUCAUUUAAAAGUUCUGCAACUUCUGGUGGCUUUGGAACUUCUGGAUUUUCAGGGUUUGGACAGUCACUUCCUACAAGUUCUUCAAAUAAUGCAUCUGCUUCAGUAUUUGGUGUUAGCAAUUCAGCUGUUGCUACCCCGACUUUGGAUUCGAAGAACACCUUGUUUGGGCAGCCCACAAAUGCUUUGGGGAGUAGUGGUGCAUUUGCAUCAUCAGUAGCCCAAACCAAUAUUGCUUCUGAAAAAUUAUUUACUCCAAAGAAUGAACUAUCUGCAGAUGAGCUGAAGCAAUUCGAAACAAAGAAAUUUACACUAGGAAAGAUUCCUUUAAAGCCACCACCAAUGGAACUUCUAAUUAUUUAAAGUAUUUGGAGGAUGUCUUCAGUACCUUUGUUCCCAAUUUUACAGUUUUAUUUCUUCAUAAUUGAGAGGUUUGUUCUGGCAUUCUACCAUUGUUUCAGGAAAGUUAUUUUCCUUUAGAGUAACCAGGGAUCUGUUUUAACUUGUGGGUUCCAAAAUGGAUGUGGUUAACUUGAGAAUAGUGCACCAUAAAAUAAAGCAUUGGCAGUCAGU